AUGUCAGCCAAGUCCAAGGGGACCCCCUCCUCGUCCUCUCCAGCCGAGGGACCGCCGGCAGCCUCCAAAACCAAGGUGAAGGAACAGAUCAAGAUCAUCGUGGAGGAUCUGGAAUUAGUCCUGGGCGACCUGAAGGACGUGGCCAAGGAACUUAAGGAGGUGGUUGACCAGAUUGAUACCCUGACCUCUGACCUACAGCUGGAGGAUGAGAUGACUGACAGCUCCAAGACGGACACCCUAAAUAGUAGCUCAAGCGGGACGACAGCCUCCAGCAUAGAGAAGAUCAAAGUGCAAGCCAAUGCCCCCCUCAUUAAACCCCCAGCCCACCCAUCUGCUAUCCUCACGGUCCUGAGAAAGCCAAACCCUCCAGCGCCUCCUCCACGGUUGACACCCGUGAAGUGUGAAGACCCCCAGCGAGCGGCGCCCACUGUCAACCCGGUAAAGACCAAUGGCACCCUUCUGCGGAAUGGAGGCUUCCCUGGGGCACCGACCAAAAUUCCCAAUGGAGAAAUCUACUGCAAACCCAGCAGUAACGUGGACAAGGCUCCCGGGCAGCCUCUGAUGCACAGACCCGAAAAAGACAGGUGCCCCCAAGCUGGGCCUCGGGAACGAGUAAGGUUUAAUGAAAAAGUCCAGUACCAUGGCUAUUGUCCUGACUGUGACACCAGGUAUCACGUAAAGAACAGGGAGGUCCUCUUACACAGCGAACCCGUCCACCCACCAGGAAAGCUUCCUCCCCAAGGCCCUCCCCACCCACUUCCCCCUCAUCUCCCCCCUUUUCCACUAGAAAAUGGGGGGCUGGGAAUAAGCCACAGUAACAGCUUCCCCCCACCCAGACCUGCAACUGUGCCUCCUCCCACUGCACCCAAACCACAGAAGACGAUCUUGAGGAAGUCCACCACUACAACAGUGUGA